CUUUUGAACUUCAAAAGAAAGGUGUAAAAAAAAAAAAAGAGAUUUCAAAAUCUCUUUCUGUGGGGAAAAUGGGGUGCAAGUCAUCAGACAAGCCAAAGCCAAAACACAGGAAGGGCCUCUGGUCACCAGAAGAAGACCUGAGGCUUAAAAGCUACAUCCUCAAAAACGGUCAUGGAUGCUGGAGCUCCGUCCCGAUAAACGCCGGAUUACAAAGGAAUGGAAAAAGCUGCAGAUUAAGGUGGAUAAAUUACUUAAGGCCAGGAUUAAAGAGAGGGACAUUCAGCAAACAAGAGGAAGAGACAAUUUUGACCCUUCAUCAGAUGUUGGGAAACAAGUGGUCUCAAAUUGCGCAGCACUUGCCAGGAAGAACAGACAAUGAGAUAAAAAACUACUGGCAUUCAUAUUUGAAGAAGAAAGUGGCGAAAACUGAGGAAAUAACAAAAACAAAAACUCAGUGCACCUCUUCAAGCUCAGACAACAACAACAACAACAACAACGAACUAGAAUAUUCUUCACCCUCCUCGGAGAAUCAAGCCGACCGAAUUCCGAGUCACCAAUCAUUGGAAAAAACAGGAAUCAAAUCUCCAACCAACUCCUUCCCACAUCAUGAUCACCUUAACUAUGACUUCUCUAAGGAUGUUCAGGCUUCUAGAAGCUCACUACCAAAGCUUUUCUUUGCGGAGUGGCUUUUAAUGGACCAUCACCAAGCCCAUGGCUCUAGCUCUGCCAACACGGUCGAGCCUAAUUUGGUUCCUAGAGAAGGAUUUGGUCAUGGUUUGAGUCUCCAAGAUGCUGUGAUGGGACAUGGUUUUUUAAUGAACGAGGGAAUCUUUGGAGGCCAUUUUCAAGAUGAGAUCGUUGGUCAUGAUGAGAUGCUUAAUUCGGAGCUUAAGUUUGAGGAUCAAAUUUCAGGAAGUGGGUUUGUUGACUUUAUAUCUGGGGGUGAUGUUUGUAUUGAUUUCAACGUGGAUAAUGACGUAAUGUACAUAUAAUUAGGGGGAUAUUCCAAAGGACCUCUAAUUGUACAUCUUUGAAUAAUACCAAGA